UGAGAUGUUUAGCUAGCUUGCAUGUCUCGAUCCAGAUUUAGCAAUUAACACGCGUCUUAAAGAAGAAUAUAUCAUAACGCAGCGGAGAUGCUGACAUUGAAUUAAAAGACGCGCCUUACAAAGUAACAUUGCUCUAGAACAUAGUGCCCACCAGCAGCCAUGUCAGGAAUUAAGCGGAAAAUUGAGGGCAAUGAUCCUGACUAUGACGAUAUAUCACUGGUCCAUAACAGUAAGAGAAACAAAGCAGCCGAGCAUAAUGCCCGAGAAGCAACAGUACAGAAGAUUGAAGCCAUCAUCAGAGAGCAAUUUUCUUUAGAGAUGAAGAACAAAGAGCACGAAAUAGAUGUGAUCAGCCAGCGACUCAAUGAAGCAAGGAGAAUGAUGGACAAGUUGAGGGCGUGCAUAGUGGCCAAUUACUAUGCCAACAUUGGGGUGACCAAGCACCCAGAGGUGUCCACAAAGAGUGACCCUGCAGUGCUGAACCACCCAGCCAUCAGGCGGUUUCUGGAGUCUCCAUCCAGGUCUUCUUCCCCGCUCAACCAGGGUUCAGAGACACCAUCUCUGGCCCACUCAGAGUCAGAGUCCCUCUCACAACAAGGAGAUGUAGGUGACAGGGAUGGAGAGGGAAUGUGGAGAGAUGAUAACAGCAGGCAAGAACGCAGACCAGGUCGCAACACAGGCAAGGAUACAUUUGGUGUACCGUCAUCUGUUGGAGCAGAACAGAGGGUGACCUAUCAUACCACGGGAGAUGAAGCAUCUAGACUCUAUGCAAAGAAGACAAUCGUGGUGGGGAAUGUGUCAAAGUAUAUUCCCCCAGAUAAACGGGAAGAGAAUGACCAGUCAACCCAUAAGUGGAUGGUUUAUGUCAGAGGAUCCAGGAGGGAGCCAAGUAUUGACCACUUUGUAAAGAAAGUCUGGUUCUUUUUGCAUCCCAGCUACAAGCCCAAUGACCUUGUAGAAGUCAGUGAGCCUCCCUUUCAUUUAACUCGUCGUGGUUGGGGUGAAUUUCCUGUGAGGAUCCAGAUCCACUUCAAAGACCUUCGCAACAAACGUAUUGACAUCAUUCAUCAGUUAAAGCUGGACAGAACAUACACUGGACUGCAGACGCUGGGGGCAGAAACAGUCGUCGAUGUGGAGCUUCACAGGAACUCUCUUGGGGAUGAUUAUAUCCCUCAGCCAUGCUCAUCCAAAGUGGCCCACAGAGUGUCCAGCCCCACAUCAAGCACCUCACUGGCCCACACUCACGGACACUCCACUUCCCCCAUUUCACAUGAUUCAACUGGCGACAAAGGUCUUAUCCAAGGAGAGACAGGGAGGUCUGCAGGGGGUCAUAACUCAGGCCUCGCCACUGGGGAACGCACUCCAACCCGACCCAAAGCCAGUGAAAGAAUCACUCUGGGUUCCCAUGGCAACUCUGCUUUCCAGCCUAUCACAUCAAGCUGUAAGAUUGUCCCCCAAGGGCAGCCACCUAGUCCUGCAGAAUCUCCUGGAAAAUUAUUCCAACCAAUCACAAUGAGCUGUAAAAUUGUAUCAGGGUCUCCGAUCUCCACCCCAAGCCACUCCCCGCUACCUCGCACGCCUACCACCUCCACCCCUGUCAGCAAGCAGAGCUCUUCAUCAGUUAUCAACAACCCUUAUAUUAUUGUGGACAAGCCAGGCCAAGUGAUCGGCAUGGCUUCUUCAUCCGCUGCCUUCACAGGAAGUCCCUCAGCCAAACAGUCUGCAGCCCAAGGCACUCGUUCUCCAGCCCCUAAAGUUCACACUGGCACAUUCCUUUCUUCAGGGGUAAAGGUUAUUAUCAAGCAAGAGCCAGGGGAAGUUUCAACACAGCAGCAGCAGAUGGUUUCCACAGUAACCAGCCAGCAGCAACCUGCCGCUCCAGCAGCACACCAGUUUGUCGCAGUGAAGGGAGGUCACAUGAUCUCCAUGUCAUCACAGAAACAGGCAGGAGGGGCCACAGGGGCCACAACUAGCAAGAUGUUAGGCAUCCCUGUCAGCUCUGCACUUCAGUCUGCUGUCAAACAGGUGGCUAUCAGCAGUGGACAGAUUCUGGUCACCAAGGGCAACCCCUCUGUCUCCAAGGUGAUGGGCGGAAAACAGGUGUUAGCCCAGGGAGUUGCUAAAGCCAUUGUCAGUGGAGCAUCUGGGAUCUCUGGUCAGCAGGCUGCUGCCAAAGCAUCUGGUGUUUCAGGAGGUGGAAAGAGUGGAGUAAUGGCCACUCUCCAGCUGCCUGCCAACAAUCUGGCCAAUCUGGCCAAUUUGCCUCCAGGUACCAAGCUCUACCUGACCACCAACAGUAAGAACCCCUCAGGAAAGGGAAAGCUGCUUCUUAUCCCACAGGGAGCUAUACUACGAGCUUCCAGUGCAGGUCAGCAGUCUCAGAGCAGCUCGUCAGCAGGCACUGGCGGUUCUCAGACUUCCUCCUCUUCCUCCUCUUCAAGCAGUCUGCCUUCCAACCUCUCCUACACGUCCUACAUCCUUAAACAAACCCCACAGGGAACCUUUCUGGUUGGUCAGCCAGCACAGGGCUCGGGGAAGCAGAGUGGCUCCAGUUCGACAGGUCAUGCAGCAUCAUCUCCACCAAAUGUUACCCAGCAGGCCAUCCGGGUUACAGCUGGACAGAAGGCAGCCAUUCUGGCUCAGGUGGUUGGUGGCUCCCAGGGUGCACAGGUGAAGUUAUCUGAUGGCUCUGUUAAGACUGUUACAGCCGCAGCAGCGGGUCAUUUGUCCAAGCCAGGGACGACCACAUUGAGGAUGACAGGUGGAGUCAUCACUGCUGCAAGCUCCACCCCCAGUUCUGCCAGCACCGGAGCAGUCAGCCAACAACAGGCAGCUGAUGGUGGGAAGUCAACCUCUCAUCACCACUCACUCCUGGUAGCAGCCAACCAAGCAGCAGUAAUCAGUGCAGCUAAGAGCGCCAGUGCUGCUGCUGGCGGCAGCUUGUCAAAGACUGCCGUGGCAACAUUGAUCAAAGGUGGUGGAAACACUGCCACAAUGACUAAGAGUGCUGCAGGUUCAGCUGGUUCUGUUGUAACCGUCGCUAAAGGCAUCAGUAACAUGCCCGUCAUCGGCAAGGGUGCAGGGGUGGGGACUGUGGUGGGUGUUCCCAAAAGCAGUAGCACAUCACUGAUGACUUCAGCCUCACUGGUCAGCGGAGUGGCAGCAGGAGUAGGGAAGACAGGUCCUACACUCUCAGGUAUGUUAAAGAUUCACUCUGGAGGUUCCAGCUCCCAGCAGACAGUACUGACCAUCCCUGCCAACCAGCUCAAACAGCUGGGUGUAGGCACAGGUUCUGGAGGCCUGCAGACUAUACUCAUGCCUGUUGGUAAAGUAGUGUCUAAAGGCCCAGUCUCCAGUACUCCUUCCUCCUCCUCCUCCUCUAUUCCUGGAGCAGCUGGAGCUGUAGCCUCCCCAAGUACUCCAAGCCAGGCCUCCCCCUCCCUUGCUCUGCCUCUGGCACAAGUGAAGACGGAGCCAGGCGCUGGGACAGCUGGUCCAUCACCUCCAGUCACUGCUCCCGUCCCUCCUUCUGUUCAUGUUGUAUCUUCAACUACUACUGUCAAACAGGAGCAAGGGGCUGACAAUGCCGCACAUGACCUCAUCAACACUGAGCACAUAGAGACCAUGAUGCAGCUGUUGACAGCUGUGGUGAAGAAGUUCCCCCUCAUUGUGCCAGAUAAGACCGAAGACUCGCAUCCAUUUUGUGCCUCUUCUACCGAGCAGUAUUAUUCCUGGAAUAUCGGCAAACGCAGGGCAUCAGAGCUUCAGCGAGCAGUAGCAGUAAAGCGGGUUGUCCAGGACGUGUUGGACCAUUCUCCCCGCCUGCAGGCCCUCACUCCCCCGAAAACCAGAGAGGUGGUUCAGUGGUGCCGGCAGAGGGGCUACACCCCACCUGACCCAGAACCCCAACGGAGAAAUGAUGACGAAUCCAUCGAAGAUAUCCUCACACAGAUAGAUAGUGAGCCUGAGUGCCCAUCGACUCUGAGUAGCUGCGAGGAGCUGAUGCUUCGUCUGGAGCAGAUGCAAGCGCUGCUGAAGACUGAGCCAGAGGAGGCGGACGAUGAAAUAGUAGACAUCAUCGCAGUGUCUCCACCCUGCCAGAAGCUGAAGGUCAAAGAGGAGGAGCAGGAAACUGACUCUGAGCCCAAGUUCUAUCUGGGACCCUGCACAUCGGCCCAGUUUGUCAGUGAAACAGCUCAACAGAUUGGGGUAACCUUCCAGCCGGUGGAAGUGGAGAAGAAUGUGUUCGCUCCAGUUGUUGAAGCCAUGAUUCUAAAGGCUACAGAACAGUUUGCCAGUGACAUCCUGAGAGAAGCGUUGGCUGGGGCCUAUGCCAAAUCCCCUCAGAACAGAGCUCCCCGAGAGAUCACAACCAUGAACAUCCACCAGGCCAUCAGCAGCGUCCCCACCUGCGACUUCCUCUCCAACAUGCACAUGGGUUACCUGGCUAAAGACAACUGAGGCUUCACAAGAUUGACUUUGACCGGUAACAGACACACAGAGCUUUGAGGCCUGUCAGCCGACGAUGGGAGAGUCUCUGCUCUUCGACGUUAAAGCCCUACUGUGUGAACAUUCACAGCUGCAUGUAGCCCUGUUACCUCAGGUUGUGCAGUUAUUACUAAUGUAACUGUAUUCAUUAACUUGAUCAUAGAAGGGCUCGGCUUGCUUUCGCAGCAGCGGAAUGACAAAUGUUUCUAAUACUCUGGGUAUACUGUAACAUUUUAGUCCUAAUGUGUUGAGAAAAGUGGCAUCAUGGGACUUGUGUUAUUUGAUUUUUGAGAAGCAGUUGUGCUCCUGCAUACCUUAUAACAAGAUUAUUUUGAUGAUGAAGUGUUUCCUGCCAGACCGCCAGCCAGUCAGCAGGGAAUGAAGCCUGAAUGAUUUAGAUGGCUACAUAACGGCGUCAGACAGCUGUCCCCUGCACCGACUUUUCAUCUUGCUGUCUCAUCCUCUGACCUGGAACGAGAUCGUAUGUCCGUGUACCGGCAGAGGUGACUCACGCAUUUACACUAAGUGCACAACGAGAGACACUAAUGGACAUCUGAGGAUUACAAAACUCUAUUAGUUGGGCUAAUAAUAGUGUCUAGUGGGAACAUUCCCCAAAAAUGUCAUCGCCAUGGCAACCAGUUAUGUAUUUUAGUGUCACCUUGCAGAGGUAGCUACGGCUCUUGAAAUAUAAACACACAGGUAGCUGCUGUAAUCGUAAGCUGUUCAGAGGAGGCACCUGAUCUGUGUUCUAGAUGCAAACCUCAGUCGGAACUUCUUUCAGAUGAUCUCAGUCAGAUCUUUCAUAGCUUUUGUCCGUUAAAAAGUCUAACUGUUGAGGAGGGAUUCUGAAAGAAUCACACUGUCAAGACAGCAGUGACGUUAUUUAUUCAGUCUUUAAUUUGAACCCAGUUCGACGGCCUGAUAAAAGUGCGUUUACAUGUUCCGUUCAAUAACCGUAAUGUAUCUUAUCAUGCAUUGUACAAGUGUGUGACAUAUAAAAUAGAUGGUGUUUUCAGAUCCUGUUUUAUUUUUUUAUCUAUUAUCUGUUGCCCGGGAACAGUAAGGCCACGACGGUAGAGGUUUUGUAUGUAUGAGUACGUGUGGGUACCGGAUGUAGUCGUCACAAGUUAACUGAUUUAAUGGAAAGAGAAUGCGUGUGUGUUUGUCAGCUAUACAAUUGUGUUAAUCUUCUUAAUGUGGAGCUUUGCUUGGUGUUUUGCAGGGCUGGUCGAUCAUAUGACGAUCUUUUGUGCUUGGAAAAUGUAGGCUUGUUACAGCCAACGAUUCUUAUGCAACUUAAAGCUCUGUUUGUGCAUCAUUUUAGGUUUGUUUCUCAAAUUUAGACAAUGAGAAGAAACCAGAAACAAACCUGUUAACUGAAGAUGUAAACACUGUUAUGUCCACUUUUUCCUACUUGUGCGCAAUACAUCUGCAACACCUUUCAGUGUUUGGCAUUCAUUAUCCAGUCUGUGGCAGUCUGCCAUAGAAUAAUUUGUCUCACCGGGUUCAUAAUGAACUGAAAAAUUUCUCAUAAAAGUUCUUUAACGUUGUGAUUUGCGUCGUUGCUGUGGCAAAGCAUCUUUGUAAAGCCAUACAUACUGAAGGUCAAAUGUUUACAUCCAUCAGCCAUUUAUGGAAUUACUGUAAUUCUUUGCUGGCUUAAAUCAUCAUCACUGUAUUUCAUCAUCAGCAAAACCUUAACUUAAUGCAGACUACCCAACAGAGCAGACAGACGUUAAAGAAUCUCUAUAAACACACUUGAACUGGCCAGUCUAGCUAAAAAUAUCUCUGUAAAAUACGCAAUUAUACUGGUUUUGAAUCAGUAAAAUGGGUACUGUUCAGUUAAACAAAAGUAUGGACAGAGCUGUUAUUUAUUUAUUUGAGGACAUGAGCUGCAUGACUUCCUCUGAAAAGUGAAAAGUAUAUGAUAAAUGAAGGUUAUCCAGCAUAGAAAAUCAUCAGAUCACCAAGCCCUAAUGUAUGUAGUGAAUGAGUGGAAGUGUGUUUGAGCUGUGAGAUUGUGAAAUCUGUUCAACCAAAUUAGUGUAGAACGUACCCACAUUGUAUUUUCAUGUUUUAGUGCAAACCAAAAAUAUAAUCAAUAUUCUUGUAAUAAACAAAGAGAACUUUACUAAGCUCA